AAACAAAACACAAAAGAGCACACAACACCACUUUUCAACUUUCAAGCUUUGUUCUACCUUCUAAGUAAUUAAACCACAUCUCUUGGCAUCUUCUUUAUCCAACAAUGGCCAAUUCUCACCAUCCAGCUCUUGUCUUUUUGUUGCUUAUUGCAGUUUCGUCAAUCAGCAGCAACUCGUUCAGAUCAGAAGCUCGCAAGCUUCUGGAAACAACCACCUUGCCUGAGCCACCUAAAGUUGAGCUACCACCGCUCCCAAAGCCUGAGAUCCCAACUCUUCCAAAGCCUGAAAUUCCCACACUGCCUAAACCCGAGAUUCCGGAAUUGCCGAAACCCGAAAUCCCAACACUCCCAAAGCCUGAGAUUCCCACUUUACCUAAACCUGAGAUUCCCACAUUGCCUAAACCCGAGCUUCCAACUCUACCAAAGCCAGAGCUUCCAACUCUGCCAAAACCUGAGUUGCCUACUUUGCCAAAACCAGAAGUCCCCAAACCAUGAGUUUAAGUCCUGAUUAGGAGCUAGAAGAGGGUCGUUCUACUCAGCGCUAGCUGCACUACAUUACUUUCUAUUGCAUUUCCUCAUGAUUCUUAUUUGACCCUUCUUCUGGGAUGGAUCGGUCGAUGAUGUUUACAUAGUGUUUAAUGUAUGUCGAUUUGUAUUAGGGUUGCAUACUUGUACUGUUUGCGGUCUGUAAUAUUGUUUGAUGUGUCCCUGAGCGUGAUGUAAAUUUAAAAUUGGAUUCAAAUCAUUUGUAUACUUCCUUUUGCAUUUCAGUUAUUGAUACUUUGAUCUUCCCAGUGCUCAUGUUCGAAUUUCAUUGACUCCUAAAAUUAACGGAAGUGACUUACUUCAAUCACUUGUC